AAACAUAGUCCAAAACUGAAAAGUACGCCUCUUUGUGCGCUUUCAUCCCUUCAUAUCACAAAUCACAAUUCACAACCAGCUUCUGGAAGGACACUGGAAAUACUGAAAAUUUUCCUAACGUCAAAUUGAAGAAUCAAGAAAAGUUGAUACACCCAAAUUACUUUUUUCCUGAAUUAACUCCAUAAAAGUCAAACAAUUUCUUCCAUUUUCUCUCAAUCACUCUACACUUUUAAUUUGUAUGAAAUCCAAACUAAAAGAUCAAUGAAGGUAAAUACAAUAAACCCAUCAUCAUUCAAUUAUGAAUUUGAUGAGAAAAUUCAUAAUCAUCCUAAAAAAUACUAUUUUAAAGGAGAAUUUGGAAUACCCUUUUACCCAUGUUUGAUAUGUUUUUUGGGUAUUACUUCCAUUUUUAGCUUCUUUUUUGUUUAUUUUUAUAACCCUUUUCAUUUCUCUUCUCAAUCUAUUAAGCAAUUUCCUCAUCAACCAACAAAUUACAUCAAACCCCAAUAUGAUGAAGAAAAUUGUGACUUGUUCAAGGGGAAGUGGGUAAGAGAUGAAAAUGGAACUCAAUACACAACAAGUAGUUGUCUGACAAUUCCAGAGUCAAAAAAUUGCUUCAAAAAUGGAAGAAAUGACACUGAUUUUUUGAAUUGGAGAUGGAAACCAUAUGAUUGUGAGCUUCCAAGAUUUGAUCCAAUUAAGUUUUUGCAAAUUGUUGGUGGUAAAAAAAUGGCUUUUCUUGGGGAUUCAGUUGCUAGAAAUCACAUGGAGUCUCUUCUUUGCCUAUUAUCUCAGGUAGAAACUCCGGUAGAUGUAUACAAAGAUUCAGAGGAUCGAUUUAGAAAAUGGCAUUUUCCAUCCUCCAACUUCACUCUAAUGACCUUCUGGUCAAAAUUUCUUGUACAAGCAGAAGAAAUAAUGGUAAACGAUUCGGGUACAGGCAGUUUCAACCUGCAUUUAGACAAAGUUAACAAGAAAUGGGCCUCAAAACUUUAUGGUUUAGACUAUCUCAUCAUCUCAGAUGCUCACUGGUUCUUUCGAAAAAACUACUUAUACAAUGAAAACAAGCUAAUCGGGUGCGUGUAUUGCAACGAACGAAACAUAACAGAAUUAGGCCUUAAUUACGCUUUAAGAAUAGCAUUUCGUACGGCCAUGAAAUAUAUUAAUAACUGUAAGGAAUGUAACAAAGGGAUGGUGACCUUAGUAAGGACAUUUUCGCCAGCUCAUUUCGAGAAUGGGGGGUGGGAUAGUGGAGGUGGGUGUAAUAGCACUAGGCCGCGUAGCGACGAAAAGGGGAAGGGGAUGGAAGAUAGGUGGUUUGAGUUGGAGGUAAGGAAGGUACAAGUAGAGGAAUUGGUUAGGGCAAGGGAAGAGGCAGGAGAAGAAGGGAAAAAUAAGUUUAGAUGCUUGGAUGUUACAAACGCAAUGUUAAUGAGGCCUGAUGGGCAUCCUGGUGAGUUUUGGGGUAAUAAAUGGAUGAAAGGGUAUAAUGAUUGUGUACAUUGGUGUAUGCCUGGUCCCAUUGAUGUUUGGAGUGAUUUCUUGUUUGCUGUUUUGUAGAAACAUAAUUUGUUUGGUUAUAAGAAAUAAGAAACACAUAUUUUUUUGAAAUUUAUAUGAUGAUAUAUUAAUUUUAACUCUAAAACAACAAUUAUUAGAGCUUUUUAUUUUAUUUUUUUGAUAGUUAACUGUUUUGACUAAGAUAUAAUGCUUGUUUCUGGUAGUUUCUCUUAUUAAUUAAAGUAAUCUUGUAAUCUUGUUGACCUUGUGCUAUAUUUCUUGGAUACGACUUACAUAGUAUUUGUACCAGGACAUGAUUCAAAAAUGGAGAUUUGAAGUCAAACGGGUUGAUAUGAUGGUCUUCAAAAUAUGAGAAGUAGAAUAGGGAAAAAAUCGAAAUUUUAGGGGAUCUAAAACAAAUAUAAUACCACAUCUAAUUCUAUAUUUAUUG